UCUGAUCCUGCCAGAUCGGGAUCGGAAUACAUAUUUGCCCUGUACUUCCUUUUCCUAUCGGUAGCCAUUGAUAAAAAAUGGGCCGAGUUAUCAGAACUCAGAGAAAGGGUCCUGGAGGGAUCUUCAAGGCCCGCACCAAGAACAGGAAGGGCAAGGCAGCCCUGAGGGCUGUGGACUUUGCCGAGAGACAUGGAUACAUUAAGGGAGUAGUCAAGGACAUUAUUCACGAUCCAGGUCGUGGUGCUCCUCUGGCAAAGGUUGUGUUCCGUGAUCCAUACAGGUUCCGCCUGCGCACGGAAACCUUCGUCGCCUCCGAGGGAAUGUACACUGGUCAGUUCCUGUACUGUGGAAAGAAAGCUAACCUCCAGAUUGGAAACAUUUUGCCCGUUGGCACCAUGCCUGAGGGUACCAUCGUGUGCUGCUUGGAGGAGAAAAUGGGAGACAGAGGCAAGAUCGCCAGGGCCUCUGGGGAUUAUGCCACCAUCAUCUCCCACAACCCAGACACCAAGAAGUCGAGGGUGAAGCUGCCCUCAGGGGCCAAGAAACUCAUCCCCUCUGCCAACAGGGCCAUGGUCGGUAUUGUUGCUGGGGGUGGACGUAUUGACAAGCCCAUGCUUAAGGCUGGCAGGGCUUACUUCAAAUACAAGGCAAAGAGGAACUGCUGGCCCAAAGUCAGAGGAGUAGCCAUGAACCCUGUUGAGCAUCCCCACGGAGGAGGUAACCAUCAACAUAUUGGUAAAGCAUCCACGGUCAGGAGAGACACGUCAGCCGGUAGAAAGGUCGGUCUUAUUGCUGCCAGACGUACAGGUCGUCUACGUGGAACAAAACAACAGAAGCCAACCGAGAAAGAGUAAAAUCUGUUGUUAUCUGUACAAAGACAUUAAAAAAAAUAGUACA